AUGAGACACAUGAGCCGGUUACCACGGAGACAAGGUUCAAUCCUGUAUUGUACAACAGGCAUCAUUCUUCAGUGGCUGCGCUCAGAUCCGUUGCUGUCCAGUAUAAGUCACCUGGUGUUGGACGAGAUCCACGAGAGGAACCUUCAGUCAGAUGUUUUGAUCGUCAUUGUGAAGAAUUUGCUCAAAAUCCGAAAUGACCUCAAAGUUGUCCUCAUGAGUGCCACGCUCAAUGCGGAGAAGUUUUCUAAAUAUUUUGACAACUGUCCAAUGAUCCACAUUCCUGGUUUGACAUUCCCAGUGGAAGAGUUCUUGCUUGAGGACAUUAUCCAUAUGACCAGAUAUAAUCCUCAGAAUGUGGAUCGGCGCCCCGCAUGGAAGAAAAGCUUUUGGCAGGGUCGCAACUCAAGACCUGAAAAGGAGGAGAAAGAGCUGGAAUACCGCGAGAGCUGGCCCUGUUAUGCCCGCACCCUUCAGAGCAGGUACUCUGACAGCAUGAUCGAGACUCUGGAGAUCUUAGACGGUGAUGAGAAGAUUGACCUGGACCUGAUCCUGGCACUGAUCCGUCAUAUUGUGCUCAAUGAGGGGGAAGGUGCUAUCUUGGUCUUCUUGCCAGGUUGGGACAACAUUAGUGGUCUCAAUGACCUGCUAAUGGCCCAGCAGAUGUUCCGAUCAGAUAAUUUUGUAAUCAUACCUUUGCACUCGCUCAUGCCUACUGUUAAUCAGACGCAGGUAUUCAAAAGACCUCCACUUGGAGUCAGAAAGAUUGUUAUUGCUACUAAUAUUGCAGAGACCAGCAUCACCAUAGAUGAUGUUGUUUAUGUGAUCGAUGGAGGCAAGAUUAAGGAGACCAACUUUGACACCAACAACAACAUCAGCACGAUGACAGCUGAGUGGGUCAGCUUGGCCAACGCCAAACAGAGGAAAGGACGCGCAGGCAGAGUGCAGCCAGGAAAGUGCUACCACAUGUACAACGGGCUCAGGGCCAGCCUGCUGGAUGCCUAUCAAUUACCUGAAAUUAUGAGGACGCCACUGGAGGAGCUCUGCCUGCAGAUAAAGAUAUUGAAGCUUGGAUCCAUAAGUCGAUUUCUGGAAAAAGCCCUGGACCCGCCCACUGAUAAAGCCGUUGGCCUCGCCAUCAAGAACCUCACAGACCUGAACGCCCUGGAUCACGCAGAGAACCUGACAGCGCUGGGGUUUCACCUCGCCCGUCUGCCCGUGGAGCCGCACAUCGGCAAACUCAUCCUGUUCGGGGCCCUGCUGGGGUGCCUCGACCCCGUGCUCACCAUCGCUGCUUCGCUCAGCUUCAAAGACCCUUUCUUCAUCCCCCUGGGUAAAGAAAAGAUGGCAGACAUGAGAAGAAGAGCUCUGUCCAGAAACUCUAAAAGUGAUCACCUAACGAUUGUCAACGCUGUGAAGGGCUGGGAGGAAGCUAAACGGCGUGGUGCCAGGGCUGAGAAGGACUUCUGCUGGGACAACUUCCUGUCUGCCAACACGCUCCAGAUGCUACACAACAUGAAGGGUCAGUUUGCUGAACACCUCAUGCGCACAGGCUUUGUCAGCAGCAGUGACCCCAAAGACCCCAAGUCCAAUAUCAACUCAGAUAAUGAAAAGUUAAUCAAAGCAGUGAUUGUGGCUGGACUGUACCCUAAAGUGGCCACGAUCCGACCAUCGUUCAGCAAAAAGAGACCUGGGGUGAAGGUGUACACCCAGGCUGAUGGAAAGGUAUGCAUCCACCCAAAAUCCGUCAACGCCGAAGAGAAGGAGUUCAACUACACGUGGCUUAUUUACCACCUGAAGAUGAGGACGAGCAGUAUCUUCUUGUACGACUGCACGGAAGUGUCUCCGUUCUCGCUGCUGUUCUUCGGAGGAGACAUCACCAUCCAGAAAGACGGGGACCAGGAGACCAUUGCGGUUGACCAGUGGAUUGUCUUCAGGUCCCCAGCACGCAUCGCUCACCUUGUUAAGAGUUUAAAGAAAGAGCUGGAUUCACUGUUAGAGGAGAAAAUCAGCAAUCCAGCUCCUGUGGACUGGGACAACCGUCAGUCCAAAGACUGCGCUGUCAUCACGGCCAUCAUAGACCUCAUCACCACCCAGGAGAAGCCCACAGGCGGCAGCAAAGACUACGACAGGACGUGGGCGUCUUCCCCACGAGGAAGACAGUUUUUCUUCAAUGACGACGAAGAUGACGAUGAUUAGAAGCAGCCAGACGUUCGAGAA